ACAAACCAAAGAAAGGAAAGGUUAUCGAUCAAAAUCCCAAUCCCACGAAAUAAAUUAAUGGUAUCUCUAUCACUAUCUAUUACAUGAAAACAUGCCUUUUGAGUCCUUGAACUUAAUAUCGAUUUUUUCACACCCAUUCCAUUCCAAAUAAGAAUAGUUUUUGUAUAGGUACUUCGUGACUUUGAGUAGAAAGUGAAAUUAAAGUUAAUCAAAGAUAAUGGAUAAGAAUAAAUUGGAUAUUUCCGGUAGGACAAGCCCCGAAGUUACAAAUGCCACUUAUAAGCCCAUUCCAGAACAAGAUAUGGAAGAGCAAGCAGUUUCUCGACCCAAAUCUCUCAUUAAAGUGAAAGCCAGUCCAGAAGAAAUUGACGGUGCAGACGAAAAGAUGUUGGCCAACGACGAAAAAAUUCCCGAAGUGGUGAUUUUGAAUAACGAUACAAAAAGCCCACAAAAUGGUGAUGCAAAAUUAGAUAUGGAUGAACCAAAACAACCCUUUGUUGGUCUCACCAAAGAAGAACUGAUGAAAUACGCCAACGAUCCAUUCUGGGUACGCCUAAGAUGGUUCCUAUUUAUCUCAUUCUGGCUACUCUGGGCUGGUAUGCUAGUCGGAGCCGUCAUGAUUAUUUAUGCUGCUCCGAAAUGCGAUCCUCCACCGCCGAGAACCUGGUACCAGCAAGGUCCUCUUACCCAAUUACCCCCGGAUACAACUCCAGAAACCCUAACAUUAGACAAGAAUGUUCAGGGUGUUAUAAUAUCCUGGAGUGCAGAUGCUUAUGAAGCGCUAGAAAAAAAUCCUAAAGGUUUGGCUUUAAUUAAAGCGGCACAGAAGGAUGGGACCAACGUUAUUGUGGAAUUAGAACCUGCAGUGUCUAAUGUGUGGUUCGAACAAUCUGAAAGGAAGGAGGCUGAAUUUGAUGGGUACUAUAUUUGGAAGUCUGGUAGUAUCAAAGGAACUGAUAGCAGUCCUUCACCACCUAAUAAUUGGGUUAGUCCAAGCAAUGUGUCUUCAUGGAAAUAUUCAGAAGCCAGGAAAGAAUAUUAUUACAUUCCAUUUGCUAAGCCCCACCUCAACUUCCGUUAUCCGCCAGUAGUUGACCAAUUCAGCAAAGUAAUCGAAAGAUUCCUUGCGGUAAAUGUUUCCGGAAUACGUUUGCGCAACGCCCCAUUCUUAUUAGUCAAUUCUACAUUUGAAGACGAAGACGUGAAUACCAACCUAAAUCCCGACUUGACUUUGGGUCAAUAUGACUUCUUUAGACACGCAAAAACUGAGAAUUUGGCCGAUUUAGCAAGUUUGUUAUUAACAUGGAGGACAUUGAUUAAAAAUAAAACCGAAUCUGGACCGUUGAUGGUUGCCGAAGACUUGGCCAAAGUAGAAUCAUUCAAAUUCAAUGAUAGUCUUGUCGUAGAUAUGCCACUGAUGAGCCACAUUUUCUCCAAACCUACAGUGUCGGUUAACGAAACUGUGAAUAGCCUAAAUUAUGCUUUUGGCAUUAACAGAAUUGAAUGGCCGUUAUGGGAGGCAAAAACCACUGCUCUGCCCAAAGAUGUUUUUGAUAUUAUAACUUAUCUCCUACCGGGGGCUCCAUUAGUAAAUGUUACUGAUAGAGUAGAUGUCGAGCUGCUUAAAAUUAGAGAUAGUGCUUCAAUAAUGAGAGGGAUAUGUGGAGUUUAUGGGCUACAGAAUAAUACAAUUUUGGCAUUCAUAAGGGUAACACCUGGCAAUCCUGGUAUCUUGGUAGCAGUUAAUCCAACUGAUACAACAGCUGUUGCCAAUUUCCCAGCUGAAAUUCCACCUCUAUCAGACCUUCAAGAAGUAACUAUUCGUCAUUAUAGUAGCAACUAUAAUAAUACUGAAUUUAAGGAUGUUGGGUCCAAAAAGACGGCUACUGCAAUCCCAGUGACUCCAAAAUCCGCCAUCGUGUUGGAAUACGUGCCAAAAAUGAAUGAAUAAUUUUUAAUUUUAGGACAGCAACCAUUUGUAAACAUUCCGCUAUCAUUAAAGGGAACAUUAUUGCAUUUCAAACAAUAAAAAUGACAAUAAUCUACUUUAAAAGUAGCUGUAUUUCCCAGCUUUGAAAUAUAACAAGCAUUUAUAAAAAGUAAUUAGAAUAGUAAUUUAAUUUAAUAAUCUUCCAAUUUCAAUAGUAAAUGUUUCAAUUUUCUAGC